GUAUAGAUUAGAGAGCAAAAAUCAGAGUGAGGACUGUGAUCUGUUUGUAUAGAUAAUAUAAAUUAUGGAUAAAAGCUGUCAUCAAGCAUCUGGAGAAUCGACCAGUACCAGUAGCAGUGCCACAGGAAGAGACCACAAUUCUCUCAAUCUCAGCAAACUCUCCCACAAGAUCUCUAAGGCCACUUCUUCCCAGCUGAGAAAGCCCUGUUUUGAGGCUCCUCUUAAUCAAAGUCAUCCAAGAUUUAACCAUCCCCAAAACAGGCUUCAAUCGGCAUCGCCUCCUAUUCAGGCGCAGCAGCAACAGAAUCUUCAGGCGCAGCAGCACCAGCCACCGGUGUAUAACAUUAACAAGAAUGACUUCCGAGAUGUGGUUCAGAAGCUUACGGGCUCGCCGGCUCACGAGCGGUUCUCAAAUCCUCCGCCUAUUCACCCUCCUAAGCCCCAAAGCUCCCGCCUCCAACGAAUCCGGCCUCCUCCUCUCGCGCAUGUUAUCAAUCGUCCCCCUCCUUCUCUAAACAGCAACAUGCCCCCUCCACCGCAGCUACCAAACAAUCCUAAUCUUAACAAUUUCCACCCCUCGACCGCCGUGAAUUUCGGCCUCGCCGGCCGGCCAGUGGCACCACCGCUUUCGCCUUUGCCUCCACUCCCCACCGUCCACGCGGCGGCCGAAUCCCCCGUCUCUGCCUACAUGCGUUGCAUCCAGAAUUCAAACCCCACCGCCGAUUCAAAUCCGCCGCCGCCUCAAGGAUUUUCGCCCCUCGGCCCUCUGAUCUCAUCCUGCUGGAACAAUUUCACUACACAGCAGCAGCAAGGUCCGAUGCCUCCCCCGCCAUUUCAUCCACAGUUUCAAGUUCCACCAUCAUCCGCAACGGCAUUUGGAUGCUUGACCUCGCCAAGGUCCGCCGCCCACGCUGUGUUCUCCUCCACAAAUCUGAUAUUUUCGCCAUCGACAGGCCAAUUAGGGUUUCCACAGUUGCCGCUCUCGCCUACCGUGCCCGCCACCGCGUCAAGCCCUAGAUGGAUCGGCGACUAGUCCCCUUCUGGCGGGACAUUCAGUAAACGUUGUCGUUUUAUCUAGCAGGAGCCUUGGAAAAGAAAGAGGGAAAAUGCUAUUAUAUAUUAUUAUUUUAUUAUUCAGUGUAGAAUUUAAACUGGGUAAGUUUAUUUGAAA